UGUGAAAUCUCUCUCAUCACGGUGAGCGGGUGACUUUUGAGAUGGGCAAUGACCUCUCUCUUGUUUUCUUCUCACUGAGUCCAAAUGAUUUUGCUGCCAAAAAAUUCCACGCAUUAAACCAAGAUCGAAUUUUGAUAAACGAAAUGGAGUAAAACUGUGAACCUUUAACCUUGGUUAUAGUCAACGUCGGGGAAGGUAAGAGAUACCCUUCUUCUCUGUUCUUCUGCUACCUUGAAGCUAUAUCUACCAGGAGCCCUUUGAUCCACGGUCCACCUUCCUCAGAUCCAUCACUGUGAAUUAAUUUCAGAAAGCUGCUGCUUCUGUGCUUGCUUUUUCGUUUUCUGGUUUUCUGUUGUGGUCGUGGUUGUUGGAGCUUUUAUAAGCAGAAGCCAAAAUCAAGAUCAGAAAUUUGAAGCUUCUCUGAGAAGAAUCUAUCAUUUGGAAGAAACCCAGUUCGAGAAAAGCUGAAUCUCGAACUGGGUUUUUCAAUUUGAGGCAGAAAGUUCAGGAAUCAGAUUCCAAUUUUUCAGGAAACAACACUGAUCUGCUUUCUGGGUUGUUGUGAUUUUCUGCAAAUUUGUAUCGGGAAGUGAGUAAUGGUGGAGGAAGAGGAGGAGGUUCUGAAUCCCUCCGGCGAUAUUGCAGAGGAAAAAGAGCCGGAAAAAGGGUGUUGUGGAGCUCUCUGCACUCCAAUCCAAUGGUUCAGAAUGCUAUGCGUGGAACUGCAUUGGAGUUUUGUAUUGGGGGUGGUGGUCGUUUAUGGAGUAAGUCAAGGACUCGGCGGAGCUCUUUAUCGCGUCGGCACGGAGUAUUACAUGAAGGAUGUGCAGAAGGUGCAGCCUUCUGAAGCUCAAUUUUAUCAGGGAAUCACCAAUAUUCCUUGGCUUGUCAAGCCUCUCUGGGGCCUCCUCACUGAUGUUCUUCCCAUUUUCGGGUAUCGAAGACGGCCUUAUUUCAUUAUAGCAGGUUCUGUUGGUGUGAUGGCAAUGCUCGUUUUAUCGUUCCAUGCAAAGUUGCACAUUGCACUUGCCCUCUUGGCAUUAACAACCGCAAGUGGUGGAGUGGCUGUCGCAGAUGUGACCAUCGAUGCGUGUGUGGCACAGAACAGUAUUAAUCAUCCUAGUCUCGCAGCCGAUAUCCAGAGCCUGUGUGCCCUGAGUUCCUCCAUAGGAGCACUACUGGGGUUCUCUGUUAGCGGUAUCUUCGUUCAUCUUCUAGGCCCUAAGGGGGUGUACGGCUUGUUGGCAAUCCCAUUUGGACUUGUGUUCUUAAUCGGAACUUUGAUCAAGGAAGCUCAUUCACCAAACUUCGCUUACACGCAGGUGAAUCAGAAGUUUGUCGAUGCUGGCAAAUCCAUGUGGACAACAUUGAAAUGCCCUGAUGUAUGGAGACCAUGCGUAUACAUGUACUUUUCCCUUGCAUUGAGCUUGAAUAUCCUCGACGGAAUGUUCUUCUGGUAUACAGACUCGAAAGAUGGUCCACAUUUCUCUCAGGAGAAUGUUGGAUACAUAUUCUCAAUAGGUUCAGUUGGUUCCCUUUUGGGGGCAGUACUCUAUCAAAAUGUUCUAAAGGAUCAUCCUUUCCGGGACUUGCUCUUCUGGACUCAGUUGAUUUACGGGGUGUCAGGAACAUUAGACUUGAUGCUCGUUUUGCGAUUGAAUCUGAAGUUUGGCAUACCCGAUUAUUUCUUCGUUGUGAUUGAUGAAAGUGUAUCUCAAAUGACCGGAAGGCUCAAGUGGAUGCCUCUUCUUGUACUCAGCUCAAAGCUUUGUCCCCCUGGAAUCGAAGGAACUUUCUUCGCUCUGCUUAUGUCGAUUGAUAAUGUUGGACUUGUCUCGGCAACAUGGGGAGGAGGCAUUUUACUGCACGUAUUGAAGGUUACACGGAUGCAAUUUGAUAAUCUCUGGCUAGCCAUUCUGAUUAGGAACUUUUUGAGAUUAGCUCCUCUUUGUCUGCUGUUUUUGGUGCCUAGAGCUGAUCCGAAAUCUUCGAUUCUUCCGACCGAAAUCGCAAACACGAAAGAGGAUAUCGAAACAAUGGAAACAAAGAACGUUGAGUUAGUCUCCCUUGUAAACAGAGCAGACCAUCGAUAGCCCGACUACGAGAAAUUUACACCAAAAUCGUUUUUGGUUUCAAAAGCAUACUUGAAGACCAAGCUAAAGUUGGAAAUGUGCUACUAUCACACACAUUUUUUUUAUUAUUAUUUUCCGCAUUUUGUUAAAUAUUGGGAAAUAUAUUUCAUGGUAGUCCAACUAUGUAUGGUGAGAUGCAUUAAGAAAAUUGUUUGGAUGAAUUAAAAUUAUAUUCGUUUUUCUUCUA